UAAUUUUUUUAUCAAAUAAAAUACUGUAUAUUUUAUUUACAAAAAAAUAUAAUCCUUUUUUUUUUAAUUAUAAAAUGGGAGGAGGACAAAGUGCUCAUCAUUUCGGUGAUGCAUUGUGGAUGCAAGAAAGACAACGACAACGUAAUUUAAGAGAAGGAAUACGUAACGAUUCCCAAGAGAAUCAGGGUAUCCAAGAGCGUCGAAAAUUGUUGAAAAGAACUAGAAGUCUAGCAGUAAUAUCAGAAGACAAAUCACGAAAAAUUGAGCGUGAAAAUAAAAAUUUUCAACAUGACGAUACAUUUGACAUACCCAGAAGACCACAGUUAAUUCCCAGGGCAAAAUUGAUUGACAGGAGUUCGUUGAGAGACAGGUUAUCAAAGAGUCAGCAACAUUUAUCAGAUAAUCAUAAAAGACAUCCCGAGACAUUGUGUUAUCAAUCACAAUCAACUUGGAAUCUUUAUUCGCCAGAAUUUUCAUAUUUACAAGAGCCAUCAUGCAGUCAAGUUGUUAAUCGUGAUGAUUCAUCAGAUCGUCUAAAUAUUCUUGAUUGGCCAAGAACAACACAAAGAUAUCGAAGCCAUCAAGAUCUCGAUACAGUCAGUGGUCUUGUUGACAUUGUCGAGGAUAAUUGGCCCUUAAAUAAACGACGUAAUUCUGAUAUCUACACUCAGGUAAAACGUAAACGUAAAGAACACCGUAGCCUUGACAGUAUACUAUUUGAAGACGACGAUGAACUUGAAUAUUUUGAUGUUUUAAAUCUUUUGCCUUUAUCAAAAGUACGUCUUGAAUUUGAAGAAUCAGAUUGUAAUUAUAGAAAUGAUAAUUUUUUAUUAUCAACUGGUGGAUAUAAUCACAUAAGUAAUAUAAAAAUAAAUAAUAAUAAAAAUUGUACAACAUCAAGUGAUGCUGAUGAAGAAUCAUACAGUUCAAGUGAUCAGCGACAAACACCAAGAAUACUACAAGUAUCAGAAUUUUCAGAUGAUAAUCAUGAAAAUACUGGACAAUUAAAAAAUAAUAUAACAGAUGAAGAUAAAUGUAAAAAUAGCACAAAUAAAGAUAAUCAAUUGGAAAAUAAUAGCUCAACAGAUAUUGAAGAAUCAUGGAACAGUAUUAAAUCAUCAUCUUAUAAUAGUGCUUGGAUAACAGAAACACCAUUUUUAUCAUUAUCAUCUGAUGAAGAAAAAAAUAAUAUAAUUGAUGAUAAUAAUCAUAUAAUUAAUGAAGAUAAUAAUAUUAAUAAUAUCAUUGAUAAUAAAGAAGCUUUGAACAUUGAAGAAGCUGAAGAUAUAAAAUCAAUUUGGAUAUCUGAUACUGAUGAGAUUGAAGACAUGUCGAGUAGACCACAAAUAUUAAAAAUUAUUGAUAAUGAUGUGACAAGAUCACGUCAUAAUAUUGAUAAUAAUAAUAGUAUAAAUAAUGAUAAUGAUGUAAAUCAAAAAAACGAAUUUGAAAAUAAUGUUAUCUUGGGAAAAGACAUGUGGAAAAAUUCUCUGAAAAUAAUGGAUACUGAAGAUGAAAAAAAAAAAAAUGAGAUAAAUUCAGAGGAAUUUAACAAGAAAUUAAAUCAGUCAAGUGUUGAAGUGACAAGAAAUUUUUUUGAGGGUAAAUCAUCACCACAAGAUGUGACAGUAAACAACCACAAUGAGGGUCCUUUUGAGAGAAUAGUAAAAGAGACAUCAAAUAUAAUUGACAAAGCUUGCAAUGUGGUUAAAGGAAGUUUAGGAUUUGAAGCAAGAUCAGAAAGCUCAGAUUUAGGUCUUGGUUCUGAUUGUGACAGUGAUACAAGAAGAAGAUCAAUUGACGAUGAUGAUGUUGAUUUAACAAAUAAUCAAAUGAAUAAUAAAACCAAUGAUAAUAAUAAUAAAAAAAAUCAAGUUACAUUUGAUUUUCCUAAUUAUGAAAAUAAAAAUAACAACAAAACACGAACAACAAAUUUAACAAGAUCACGUAGUUGUAUAAAUUCAAUUGAUUGUUGUCAAGACAAUGAUGGUCCUGAAUUUGAUCACAUACGUUAUAAAAUUGUUAAAUCAAAAUUAUUUGGUAAAAAUAUAUUUGGUAAUAUACCAAAUAAAGGUGACGUUGGCUACGAUGGACUGAUGGAAUAUCUACGUGAAUAUUCAUUUCAAGAAAUAUUACUUGAUAAUAAUGUUGUUAUCAUUGAGCCAGUCCGAGCUCAACCAGUUGAAAAAAAAAUAACAACAUCAUCAUCAUUUAAAUAUAAAAAAAAUACCAAUAAAAUUGAUAAUAAUGAUAAAAAAAAAAUAAUAAAUUCUACAACAGAUGAAAAAUUAAAAUUACCAAAACAAUCAACAUUGAGAAAACAUUUUUUUUAUCAUCCAAUAAGGGUUAAUCGUGAAUUAAUUGAUGAAGAAUUACCAGAUCCAGAUACUGUUAGAAAUGUACGUAAAAUGUUUGAAUCAACAUUACUACAAAAAUUUAAAUCAUCUGAUAAAAUUAAUAAUGACGAAAAUAAUACAAGAAAAAGUGUUAGUAUGAAAGAUUUAAGUAGUAUAUCAAAACAAAAAUAUGAUGAUAGUAUAAAUGAAUCAACACUGGAAUCAACUUCAAGAUCUAGAUGUUCAAGUAGAGCAAAAGAUUUGAGAAAAUUAUUUGAAGAUCUUGAUAAAUCAACAUCAUUACGUCAAGAUACAAAAGAUGAUUUAAAUAUACCAAAAGUUGAAACAAAAGCACGUACAAUUGCACAAUUUUAUGAAGCACGUAGUGGUAAUACAUCACCAAGUGAUUCUGGAUGUGUUAGAAAUACAAAUAAAACAAUAAAUUAUUCUAAAAAUAAUAGUAAUAAUAAAAAUAAACAACAAAUAAAUUGGGAUGCAGGUAGUGUAUCAUCUGGUGUAUCAAGUGAUUAUCCAGAUACAGAACAUGGUAGUGGUGUACAAUGUACAUCAUCAGAUGAUGAAGAUUAUUUAUCACGUGGUGAUAUUGAUGAUGAACGUAUUGAUGUACAUUUUGUAUCACAAGAUGUUUUAAAAAAAAUACGUGAAUGUGGUACAUCUGUUACUUAUUAUGGUGGUAAAGUAUUAAAUACAUGUAAUGGACCAUUAAUAUCACCAUUAACAUGCAAUAAUAAUAUCAAUAAUAAUAGUAUUAAUAAUAAAGGUAGUUUAAGAAUUGAUGAUUAUGUUAAAUUUAAACUUGUUAAAAGUAAUUCAUGUGACAGUAGACUUGAACUUGCUGGUAGAGUUAUUGAAAGACGUACUAAACUUGAAGCUAAAAAAAAUGAAAAAUGGGAAAAUAAAAUAAGAAUAAAUGAAGAUUUAAGAAAUUGUACAAUUGAUGAAAGUCCAAGUAUUGAAAUAACUGGAUUAGAUUCUAAUAAUAAUACCAAAGUUGAUGAUAAUGAUGAUGAUAGAAUUAUUGAUGAUAAAAAAAAUAUUAUUAAACGUGAGCCACCAGUUGUCAUUGGACUUGAACCAAAAAAAGAUGAUCGUGAUAAAAAUAAUAAUAGUUUAUUUAAAUUGGACUUUAAAUUGGGUAAAAAUAAUGGAAAUAUUGUUAAUAAAUUUGGUAGUGCAUUAACAAAAUGGCAAAUAAAUGAAACAAAUUGGAAAAAAAAUCAAAAUGAUUUUGGUAAAAUGGAAUUUGAAGAAUUUGAAGUUGUUGAUGAUGGUUUUAAAGGUAAUGAAAAAUAAUUUUAAAUAAAAAAAAAAAAAAAUUAUGUAAACUUAUUUGUGAUGUUAAGGGAAUACUUGAUGUUAUUUAUAAUAAUGAUAAAAAUAUUUUAAUGUUUUAUUAACAUGAUAUAUAGUCAAGAAACUCAUAAAAUAUUUUUUACUAUAUGUAUAACAAGUACGAUAAUAUUUUAUCGCAGUGUAAAUUAAGAUAUAUAAUUUUAUUGAUGAAAUACAAGAUCAAACAUGAAAGAACAAGGUGUUAUUGAUUAAUUGAAUUUAAUAUUUUUUUAAUCAAUAUCAAAUUGUAAUUAAAUUUUUAAAAUAAAUAAUUGCUUUAUAUAAUUUAAUUAAAAUAAAUAAAUUUAAGGAAAAUUGUAACGAGGCUUAUUGAGAUAAGUAAAAAAAAAAAAAUAAAAGCAUUUUCUGCUGAUACUACAAAAAGAAAGAAAA